AGGCAGCGAUUUUUUUUCGUGUGGGAGGACGUCAUGGAAUCAGUUCCAGCAGCUUUUUGGCUAGCCACUCGUCAUACAUUCACCAUCCCAGGAUAGAUUUUCAGGAGCGAUAUCAAAAAGAAAAAUUCAACGGCGAUUCCUAUUGGCAUUAAUUAUUCUAACUGUGGGAGUAAUGGCGCUCCUCCUUAUUUCUUCUCAGCAUGACGAGAAAACUAAACCUGAAAGCAUCACGUCAUUACAUGAACGCGUUGGUAAAUUAAACGGUUUAAACAUUUUCUUUAUCGAGACAUCCGGUCGAUCGUGUCUCACUGCGCGUCAGGCGUGCGGAGUAGAAUCAGCUGCCAGGGCCAAUCCACACGCCAGCGUCACGCUGUACAUGGAGAAGACGCCGAUUGCGAACCUCUCCAGCUUCAAGAGCGAUAAAGACGAAGUUAAUUGUGCCAUAACUCAAUUUCUGCUGCGGCGAAUCGAAAACGUGAGGAUAUUGCGGCACAAUUUGCUGGAUCAUUUGGAAGGCACGCCGCUAUGGGAGUUCUACCGCAGUGGAUUGUUGAACAAAUCGACCACUCCGCUUGUUCACCGGAGUGAUGCGAUACGAGUGGCGUUGCUUUGGAAGAAUGGAGGCAUUUAUCUCGACCUGGAUUGCAUAGUGAUGCGUCCGCUGGAUAGUCUGAACAACACGGUCGGUACUGUCAGGGAUUUCAUACCCAACUGGAUUGAAAACGGCGUCAUGGCUUUCCAUGCCGGACAUCCAUUUCUCCAUUUCUUGAUGAAAUCUAUGGUUUUGGCCUUCCGGCCGGAUAAUUACCUGAGUCUCGGCCCGUCUGCAGUAACUGAAGCCAUCCUCGAUUUUUGCGAUCGGGACGACUUGCUGGCAAACACUUUGUUGCUCUGCUCGCGGAAUUCUUCUCUCUUCAUCCAACCGCCUGACUCCUUUUAUGCCAUCGGCAGCGGAAGAGCGGAUGUAUUCUAUCAGCAAACAACCGAUUUAGCCGAUUGGAACAAAUUGAAACAUAGCUUCCUGUCACACAUUUACGAUUCCGGGAGUGGUCGGCCAGUUCCACCCACGUCUUUGUACGCCCAGCUUGCCAGAGAUUACUGCCCGUUUACGUACAGAACGAGUGAAAGUAAUGGCAGCUUCUGACACGACGCUAUUUUCCUAUUUUCGUUUAAACAUUUCAUUACAAGCACAAAGUUUCCAUCCGAUUGACGUCACAAUUUUACGCAGUUUAUCAAUUUUACUCGUUCUCAAGGGUUCUGAGAGGUAUACUUGUUUGAGAAAUCCAAUGUCACAAAUUCGAAUUGUUACAUGCAAAAAUAUCACGACACGGCAGCCUAAGAA